AUGUUCAAGGCGUGCCCGCUGUUGACGACAGCAGAGGAAGACAUGUCGUCAUCGGAGGACGGAGAGCACCAAUUUAGUACCAUGAAGAUCUUGGAGCGAAGGCUUGGUCUGGAAGUCUGGUCGGACACUGACUCUGAGGAACAAUUCUCACCAGCAAACGGCCCGAGCGAGGCGUCCGACGCAGAUGCGUGGUACUUGAGCGCGGACGCUGAACCCGGCGUCGACAGCGGCGAGGCGCACGAUGCGCUGCUCCGAUCGGUUCUGGGCCGAGUACCAAGCCGCGCUCGACACGUGCGAGAACGGCUUGACGCGCCGCCUGAGCACCCAGAGCAGCCGUCGUUGGGCUGGAGCGGUAGCCAUGAACAGCCACAGGUCCGGCUGACCGACUUUUUAGGCGCAUUGUCGCCCAGAGACGUGCACCAUGAAGAAAUGAAGCGCCACAUUGAGCGGCUAUCGCAAGCAAGACCGGAUCAGCGGUUGCGACCACCGCCACAUCGACUCGCUGCUGCGGCAGCACAGCAAAAAGCAGCAUACCAGGCACGGAAGAAGGAGCUUGAAGGUUGGCGGCCAGUUGUACAGCACCUCGAGUCUAAGCAGCAUCUAUCUUUCCCGCUGAAAGACGCAUCAGAACUUGGGGAAGCAAGUUUCGGGGAGGCAGUCAACGACCUUCAACAGCUGGAUAGGGCGAUGCGGCAGACUCCGCGAGCGGGGCUCGAGACCACCGUCCGCGAUAUUCUCGUUGCGCAAGAGGCACUGGAUGAAAACCAGAUGCUUCAGGCGGAAAGCCGCGCUCUCCAACAUCUCACUCGCUCUGAAAUUGAACGCCGUAAGCGGGAACUCGCCAGGAAUCGCACGCUGCUUUUCUACCAGGAGCAGCGCGCGAAACUCCUCAAGCGGAUCACGAGUCGACGAACGCGGCGCUUACGCAAGCACCGACGAGAGCGCGUCCGGGAGCUCCGCAUUCGAGAUUUGCAGGCCAUCGCUGGUGCAGGAUCGAAGGCUCCGGGGCAGCGCCCAGCGGCAGCUACAAACAAUGAUGAGGUUGCAGCCGCUCGCUCAGAGCUAGAGGCUCUCCAACGGGAACAGGAGCGUCAACGCGCCCUCGAGCGUGCAACGCAACGCCAUCGACGCAAGAGCCAAUGGGUGCGUCACCAGCUGCAGCGUGGCUUCGAGAAACUCGAUACAGCGACUCGCGAUGCCAUUCGAGAGCAGGAUCGCGCUGCGGACCUGGCGCUACGUCGACCAGCGGCGCUGCUGUCCACGGGAUCCUCUGAAGAACGCAUGGAAGAUGCCGGCGGCUCGCUGCCUCCAUCCAAUCCGCAACAUGCGCCGAGCGAUCUAGAAACUGAAAACGUUGCCGCACGAUCGUCUGCAGCUGGGUCUGGCCAGGGGGCAACGAAAAGCGCUCUUUCGGGACUUGCUGGUUUGGCUUUUAUGAAACGAGCUGCGGAACAAGUGCUGCAUGAUGUGCCUAAUAAGCGCGACUGUCAGGCAGAGAACUGGGUGCAUGCUCGGCGUCGUUACGGCGUUCGCGUUGCUGAUUCCGCAACAGAUACAAGUGUUACGGACGCGAGCGAGUCCAGCGAAGACGAAGACGACAGUUUGGAUAAUAUCCGCAAUAGGCUCUCAGACGACGAGGACGCCAAUGACCGUGCCGCUUGUGGCGCACGCUGCAGCCACGGAGAACGCAAGAACCCCGAGACGCGACAUACCGGGACCAGUGGUGCAGCUGGGCCCAUCGGCGACGAUUCGAUCCCGCUGCGGCCAACAGAUGCGACUUUUCAAAAGUUUGAGGCCGCGCUGGGCGACGAAACCGAGCUAGCGGCAUCGAAACGAUUCGAAACAGCUUCAGCGCCGAACAGAGAAACGACGCCGAAUGAUGAAACCCCAGUCACGGAAUCCGCUUCGGAGCAACCAGUCGAGACUUGUGACGGUGUGCCGGCACACGCGCUGCCAGCUGCGCCUAGCGCUUCGCGCAAACGCCACCGUGCGGAAGAGACAGCCGAGUUCAGUGCGCUGGGCGAUGGAACGUGCUCCGCUCGGCAUCUUGAAUCCGUUGCUAGCGUCCGCAGAAAUGGGCCUACUGGCGAUACCUCGGGAGCGGAAGCGCACAAAUCAUCGACACCUGACCCGUAUCGCAAUCCGUGGUUGCAACAGUCUGCUUCCGCAGGUCAUCCAGGCGAUCCACUGUGCAAGUCGUCCAAUGCCGGCUUUGAGACGCACGCAACUGAUGCCGUUGCGCUGAAAAGAUUGCGGGCGCCGUCUCCGGCUCCGAAUGGAGACGCGCUGACGUACGUGUCGACUCCAGGCGCCGCAGACGCGAGUUGCGUUUCAGCAGCACGCGCCUCUACUCCACGUACCAGAGUGAGCGCUUCAAACGCGUCGGUGUCUUCAGAUGCACCAUCGGAAGCUGCGCAACACAAGUGCGCAACUAACGCGGCGGCGGCGAGUGCGGGAUCCGCACUCAAGGAUCAACCGGCCGGCCAUCGACAUGAUAACGAAGCCUCCGAUGAACAGGUACGUUGGGUGCAGGUGGCCUUUGGUGAUGCGGGGGCAGCCACCGCAGAGGAUGAAGCAGAAUUCGCCCGACAGAAAGCAGCGCAGCUAGAGGCUGAGCUUGAUGAGCUCGCGGAUACCAGUGCGAUUCCAACGGUGCUUCCUGGCUGGGGCUUUUGGUCCGGGGCAGGUCUGGAAAGCGCCUACGAACGACGCCUGAAAGAACGUCGCGAGCAAGCUGCAGCGCGCGUUCGAGCGAUGGCGCAGGCACGCCGUCGUGACCGCCAGCUGGGGCACGUCAUCCUGUCGGAACGUCGUCUUGCGCGCGCUGCAGAUAUGCUUCAGGUUCGGCGAGUCCCGUCAGGUUUCCAGGGUGCCGCUCACUUUGAGGCUGUAACGGUCGGCGGUACGCCACUUGGUCCCGAAUGGGUUACCGUUCGUACGCACGAGCAGCUAGUGCGUCCCGCGGUCCAGAGUCGACGGGGUGUCCCCAUUGCUCCGCUGCUGCGCAAGCAUCUCGUACCCUGA